AUGGCUUCUUUUGCGCGCUCGUCCCUGCUGAGGCAGACUCUCGCUCCCCGGCCCUUCCUCCAGAAGAAUGUCGGUGUGUCGCAGGUCGUGGCUUUCCACGCCUCGGCUAAGAAGCAGAUCCUGCCCCCAUUGCCUCAGUCCGUUGAAGGAACCCUGAACGACCCUGCUCCCAUCCCCGAGACUCACCCCUCCGAGGGCAGCUACCACUGGACUUUCGAGAGAGCCGUCUGUGUCGGCCUCGUCCCUCUCACCAUCGCUCCCUUCGCCGCCGGCUCCCUCAACCCCGUCAUGGACGCCAUCCUGUGCUCUCUGAUUGGCUGCCAUCGUCGACUACUUCCCCCCAAGCGCGUCCCGAAGUUCCGCACCACCUGCAACUGGCUCCUGCGCGCCUUCACCCUCACCACCGCCGUCGGUCUGUAUGAGUUUGAGACAAACGACGUUGGUGUCACCGAGGCUCUUCGUCGCAUCUGGACUGCAUAG